GCUGUGUCAAUCUUUCACGACUUAACUCUUUGCAAGCGAUGUCGAUGAGCACUCCAGACAUCGCUGUCAAUAUCCGAAACCUCACUUUCCACCACAUUCUUCCCGGAACACGUCUUCCAGUUACCCCGGAACCUACCCUUCUCGACGUCAACUUCAAUCUCCUAAAAGGGUCGCGAACGCUCUUGAUUGGUGGGAAUGGUGCUGGAAAGAGUACUUUGCUAACGCUUUUGUCCGGAAAACGUAUGAUUCAGAAAGGAGAUAUGACGAUUUUUGGUCGAGAUGUUUUUAGAGAUCUUCCAGAGGGCGUCACAUACCUUGGAACCGAAUGGUCCGUUUGAAAAUCAAUAUUCCAGCACUUAGAGAUCGAUAUCAUCGUAAAUCCAGGGCGAUGAAUGCUCGUGUCAGAGGGGAUAUCGUCGUUUCCAAUUUCCUCGACAGUGUAGGGGGAUAUAGACACAAGGAGCGAAGAGAUCAUUUGUUGAACGUUCUUGACGUGAAUCUAGACUGGCACAUGCAUGCUAUAUCGGACGGGGAACGAAGACGCGUUCAACUCGUAAUGGGUCUCAUGGGUCAAUGGGAUUUACUUCUACUCGACGAGGUAACAGUCGACCUCGACGUUCUCGUUCGCAGUGAACUUUUGAAAUUCCUCCGAGAGGAGUCUGAAUCUCGCGGUGCAACAAUCAUCUAUGCGACACAUAUCUUUGACGGACUUGAUGAUUUUCCUACCCAUGUGGCGCAUAUGCGGGAUGGCGCAUUCGCGUUGAACCCAACCCCUUGGCCUCUAGAAGCUUCCUUGAUGCCACCGGACGGCCAACUUCUCAAGACAGGAUCCUUACUUCAUUCUGUUGCGCUCACAUGGCUCGCGGAGGACAGAUCGCAUAGAAUCAAGGAAGAAAAAGAGGGAAAGAGACCUGUCCUCAGAGGAGCUAGGAAACAGGUCAAUCCCACUGAUUCUGAAUCAUUUUACAAGAAGUAUGAUUACAGUCAUUAAUUCUCCAAUUUGAAUGUACCCCCAAUGAUCGCAAACAACAUACUAUGACGUUACAAUCAAACGUGCUCCUUUCUCACCACAUGAUGAUGAAAGGAAGGGCGGCCA